UUGAGGAAUAUUGAUGUUAAGGCCGAUUGUGUGUCUGUUGUCCUCCUGGAAGGGAGAUGCAGAUAAAUUAUUGGGAAGCUGCCGCGCGAGGCAUCCCUGGGGAUCGUAUAACUGAAUCCACUGUGCUCUGUAAUCUAUAUGCUUCACGAAAAACUUCACAUUUCGCGACAGCUCUAGCACAGUUUGCUUUUUAUCCAUGCAGGAUAGUUCAAAUCCAGGAUAGCUGCAGUGUUCCGGUUGUUGCUGCCCCUUAAGUCGGAAUGGGAAUCGGAUGGUAACGUGAUUGCAUUUUGUGGGUUGGCAUUCAUCUCUGGCAGCAUGGAACUCUGUAACCCUCACUAUCAAGAUAAAGCAAAAAAGCAAAAGAAUCAUCCUGAAGAAACUUUCCAUCCCUCA